CGGGACGCCGUCCGCGGCGCUGGGCAUUGUGGGAGGGGCGGCGCGCGUCAUGGCGGCGGCCGCGGCGGUGGCCGCGCUGUGCCGGCGCCUCCCGGGCGCGCUGCGGCUGUCAGGAGCGUGGCCGGGCUCCGCGGCUGCCGGCCCCCCCGGAUUGAUGCUGAAUCUGUUCCACAAGGGCCUAGCAAAAGUUGAGCCCCUCUGUCAGCUGAAGUUUCUGCACACUACUUUGUCUCGGAAAGGUCUGGAGGAGUUUUUUGAUGAUCCAGGAAACUGGGGAGAAAAAAGUGUAAAGUCUGGGGAUGCAUGGAAUAUAAAGCAACUAAGGGGCAAGAGUAGUGAAGACUUGCACAAACUUUGGUAUGUCCUACUGAAGGAAAAAAACAUGCUUUUAACGUUAGAGCAAGAAUCAAAAAGACAACACAGGCCUAUGCCAAGUCCGGAACGACUAGACAAGGUUAAAAAGUCUAUGAGAAAUAUAGACUUGGUUGUCAGAGAAAGAGAAAUUGCUUUGAGGCUUUUACAAACUGGCCAUGAAAAACCAGCACCUGGCGAGUGGAGGCAUGACUUCCUGGGACGCACCUACUGGUACACUUAUAAGGAAUGGCCAAUACCAUGGUACUUGAACAAAAAAUACCGAAAGAGGAAAUUCUAUUACUUACCUCACGUGGAUCGCUUCAUCAGGCUUAGACUUGAAAAAUCUUUACGUAUAAGGGCAAGAAGGCAAAACCUAGAGAGGAAGAGGCAGAAGCUCUUGCAAAUUAAGUUCCCUCAUCUUGCUGUGAAAUCUCAGGGCCAGUAACAUACUGCAAGAGUGCUGCAAGCAACUGGCUGAGUACCUGAGUACCUCUGACUGGAACAUGCAACGAGUUCUGAAACGAGUCGACAACUAGCCUGAGCGUUCCUGAGGGUCGUCUUCAUCUGGUGUUUUUUUUAAUCCCACAUUUGACUUAAAUUAAAUUUAUCUGGAAUGAAAAA